AUGAUCGAUUUGGGGAAGAGGAAGAGGAUGGAAUUGGUGGCAGCUCAAAUUAGAGAUGAAGGAAAGAACAAUUCCCUCGCCUGCCGAUCUGCUAUUGUGGUUUUUGGAAUGGAGCGACCGGCGGCGAGCCUCAGCAAUCGGCCAGAACCAUUAUUGAUUUCUAGGGUUCACAAGGAGGCAGGAGAAGAGGAAGCAGACGGUUGCCUCGCCCAUCAAUCAACCUCUGCUACUCUGGAUUUAGGAUUGGAGCGUCCGAUGGCGAGCCUCAACCGUCAACCGUAG